AUAAACUCAUCCAGUCAAUCAAUUCUCUCAAAGGAAAAAAAAAACAAAAGGAAAACUCUGAAAUUUUAACAAAGCUAGAAGAAAAAUGGACAUAUGAUUUUAUUUUUUAUACAAAAGAAUUUUAUAGAUUAUUUGAAUAUUCUGAUAAAAAAUAUGAACUACAAGAUUAUGUUGAUAAGUGUUUUAAUUACCACGCCGUUAUCAAAAAAUUUUUUCAGGCACAAAUAAUUCACAACUUAAAUGUUAACCUCAACGAAAUUGCAAAAGCUGAAAAGGAUUUGUUACUUUUAUUAAAAUAUAAUUAA